CCACUGCAUUAACUGAUUUCACAUUCUUCGAUAAGGAUUUUUACUCUCCAGCAAAAAAAAAAACCUCCUCUGCUUUUGUGAUCCUUUAAGGAAAAAGACGAAAUGGCAACGGAAUCGUACGAAGCCGCCAUUAAAGGACUCAAUGAUCUUCUCAGUACGAAAGCAGAUCUCGGAAACGUCGCCGCCGCGAAGAUCAAAGCGUUGACGGCGGAGCUAAAAGAGCUUGACUCCGACAAUUCAGACGCUAUUCAACGAAUCAAGACUGGUUUUACUCAAUUCAAAACUGAGAAAUAUUUGAAAAAUAGUGCUUUGUUCAAUGAUCUUGCCAAGGGUCAGAGCCCAAAGUUUCUGGUGUUUGCUUGUUCUGAUUCUCGAGUUUGUCCAUCUCACAUCUUGAAUUUCGGACCCGGUGAGGCUUUUGUUGUCAGAAACAUUGCCAAUAUGGUUCCACCUUUUGACCAGAAGAGACACUCUGGAGUUGGAGCCGCCGUCGAAUACGCAGUUGUACAUCUCAAGGUGGAGAACAUUUUGGUGAUAGGCCAUAGCUGUUGUGGUGGCAUUAAGGGACUCAUGAACAUUGAAGAUGAUGCUGCUCCAACUCAGAGUGACUUCAUAGAAAACUGGGUGAAGAUUGGCGCAUCAGCGAGGAACAAGAUCAAGGAGGAACAUAAAGACCUGAGCUACGAUGAUCAAUGCAACAAGUGUGAGAAGGAAGCUGUGAAUGUGUCGCUUGGAAACUUGCUUUCGUACCCAUUCGUGAGAGCUGCGGUGGUGAAGAAUACACUUGCGAUAAGAGGAGGUCACUACAAUUUCGUCAAAGGAACAUUUGAUCUCUGGGAGCUCGAUUUCAAGACCACUCCUGCUUUUGCCUUCUCUUAAAAAAAGAAAGCUAAGGGAAUAUAUAACUCUUUUGAGAUACAAAGACACUUUGACUCAUCUUUCUCUCAUGUUGAUGAUUACUCUCCAACUUCUUUGGUUUCUUUUUUCUUUUGUUAAUUCAAAACUUCAACUUUGCUGCUUCUAUUUCAAAAGCUCAAACAAUAAAGCAUGUAACCAACG